AUGACUGCCGUUAGUACAGCAAUUGAUUUUGAUGCUACCAUCAAUGAAAAAGCUCCCUACAAUGUUGAGGAGAUUGAAGAUGUUGAACAGGCAUUAGCUGAUCAAGAAGAGUCAAUUAAGCUAAUUCAAGAGCUUCGCGCCUCGAAUGACUGGGAGGAGGUGAUAGCUUAUGAGCAUCUGUCUGAUUCAGCUAGAUCGCAUUCACUCACUGCUACUACAUUGAGAGGUUCUGGCAUGAUUGGCAAAAGACCUGUCAAGUUUUUCAACAAGGAGAAAACUUUAUGUGUCAUGUUGAUCCAUUUUGGAAGUAAUUUAUGUGGUCAUGAUGGCAUUAUUCAUGGUGGUUUAGCAGCUACUGUUUUGGACGAAAUGUUGGCAUAUGUGACAAUUCCAAGCUUACCUGGAUUCACUGGAUUCACUGCCAAUUUAAACGUCAACUACCGCAAACCCAUUCGUUCAGACCAGUGGGUAGUAAUUCGUGGUGAAUUAGAGAAGCUUGAAGGCAGAAAGGCCUGGGGAAAAGCAUGGAUUGAAACUAUUGAUGAUACACCCGUCAUUUUGACUGAGGCAACCGCGCUCUAUAUUAGUCCUCGUACGCAAGGGCCUGUUACAAAGUUUUAA